CAGUGAAUGUCAGUGUGUUGUUGGGGUGUUUUGUGUGCGUAUCGUGUUUAGCUUGACAGCAGCUGUUUAUAUAGUUUCAAAAUAAUAUUUUUUUCCAAUUUUUUUUUUCGUUUUUGGAAAAUUGCUCCGAUAUUAAAAGUUCGACAAAAUGCUGAAAUUGUUGUCUAACCUCAUUCUUAGAAAGUGCUACGAUUUUAUAAGUCAUAAAGUGUUAUUUAGAACAAUUUCUCCAAAGUGUAUUAUUAACUGUACAUUCAUUGUGCCGUCUAUUUUUUUCGUAUGUUGGUGGUGCGCUUUCGUGUACAAUUUUUAAUAUUUUUUAUUUUCGGUUUAAAUAAAAAUCAAUUUCGUUCAUUAAACAAAAUCAAAAUUUAAAGUUUGCACCAAUAAAAUAAUAAAUCAACGGGAACCAUUGAAACAAACCAUCAUACAUAUAUCACCAAAACUGUUCUGAUUAAACGAACGAAAAAUAAAUAAAAACAAAAAGAAAAACCUAAAAGAAAUUGUUGAUAAAAUUGGAUUAGAAAACCACAUCGAAAAAUGCCACAACCGAAUUGUCAAUACACAACUCGAUAUUGUUGGGAAGCAGAUAAAGUAAAAACUCUGAUACGACUACGUGCAGAACUUUCUCCUUUGUUUACUGGAAAACGAAAUGCUUCGAAAUAUGCAUGGGCUGUUGUUGAACGAGAACUAAAUGUACCGUUGCCCCUCUCAAAAAUUAUCAAAAAAUGGAAUAAUCUACUUCAAGAAUACAAAGCUAUCAAAUUGUCCGAAGAGCCGAAGCGACGAGAAUGGCCAUUCUUCAAUUUAAUGGACGUAUAUUUCAGUGACCAAGUUAACGAUCCAACGUUACGUCUCUUUUCGUCGACUAAGACUCUGGGAUCCGAUUCGUUCGAUUACAACAUAAAACUGGAAGAUGAUCCGGUUAUGUCAUCGGCAAUAGCGGCUGCAACUGCUGGCAGUUUGAUGGAUAUAUCUGAUAUGAUGCAGGACGCACAAUCCGAUAAGGCGAGCGAGAACAAUUUUGAUGAUUCCAAAUCGGAUGUUCCGGUAAACAACAACAAUAACAGUAACGCGCAUAACAAUUACAAUCACGUAAACCGUCAUCGAGACUACGAAGAGAAAAUGGAAAGCUCAAAGCCCCAACCACACACCCCAAGCUAUAUGCCGCAACAUCAUAAUAUCGAUCAAUAUCUCCUUUCAUGGAACAAUUUCCAUGGCAAUAUGUGCAAGGGUUUUCAUAAUUUACAAAAAGACGAAAAGAUGGUCGAUGUGACGAUAGCAGCUGGUGGAAAAAUAUUCAAAGCUCACAAGUUGGUGCUGUCUGUGUGCAGUCCAUAUUUCCAGAAAAUCUUUCUAGAGCAUCCAUCCACUCAUCCAAUUCUAUUUAUGGCUGAUGUUAACAGUAGUCAUAUGGCUGGACUUUUAGAUUUCAUGUACAGCGGACAGGUUAACGUCAAAUACGAAGAUUUACCAAAAUUCCUCAAAGUAGCAGAAUCGAUGCAGAUAAAAGGACUACACACGGAAAGUACAACCGAAAUUGACGAUUCAAAGGUAUCGCCGCCGCCGCAACGAAAGGAACCUAAACCCAUAAACCAUUUGAAUCACCACGACACAAACAUUCCCAUACUAAAUUUAGCUAGAGAAAAAAGUUUCCGGGAGCACAUUCGAUCGAAACUAUCGCCACAUGAUAUUUUGAACAACAACAAUAACAACACCAGCAACAACAACAACAACAUUUCUUACAACAACAACAACAACAAUAAUAACAACACUAACAACAACAACAUCAACUCUUCGGCCAACAGUAACAACAAUUCGACCAACAACAAUAACAACAACAUACCCUCAAACUAUGUCAUACACCAGACGAACAGUAGCAGUAAAAUUUUGGACAAUCAAAAAUACCACAAAUACUUUUCGAAACGGAAAAUGAUCGCCCAAUACGAGCACGAGAUGCAAAAUGACAAAAAGAAUCGAUUGAAUUCCGAUGAAAAUAAUCAGAGCGACGGUGCCGUUACGCCCAACAUACAUACCAGCAGCAACAAUAACGGCAGCAAUGCUAUCAAAGCCGACACGGACAACGACUGUGAACCGAACGAAUCGCAAAGCAUUAAAGUUGAACCGGACAUCAUGAUGAAUCAGGACGAUGAUUCGAAUGGCGGUGACUAUUAUAUGGCCGAUUUGUCGAAACGAAAACAUUCCCAAUUGGAUCGAAUAUCGUUGAAACCGCAAUCCGAUACGAAUACGAGAAAUUUGAGCGCGAUUUGUAGCUAACAAUUUUUAGGUGGGUAAGUGAAACAACAGACAAAAAUUUGACCCGGAAAAUUUGCGGUGGGAUUGAACGGGAGGGAUUUUCGGGUAAGAUUGUUGAGAUGGAUGUCAAAUAUUGGAGAAAAAGAGAAACAAAAUUGAGACGAAAUAUUAAUUUCCCUAAUGUAAAAAUUAGUGAAAUUAUUUCGAGAGAGACAUACAAAAUAUAUCCGUCGUGUAGAGAGUCAAUUAUUUUGAUAAAAAAGAGAAAAUUUUUAGAAAAGGAAAGAUGAAUAAUUCGUAUUUUAAUAACGGUACCAGGAAGAUAGACAAAAAUUAUUAUCAGUUAUUAUUAUUUAUGUAAUUUAUUUGUAUUAUUAGUUUUAUUAUAACACACAACGACAACAACUAUAACAACAACAAAAAUGACGAAGAUUUUAAUUGGCGCGCGCAGUUCUAAACUCGCCGUUUUUUUUAAGUUUUGAUAUUAUUUUGCGCAAAAAGAAAAUUGCAUUGUUGCGCUCACCGACCAUAGACCUAGAAAUUAUGCAACAUUUUGUGGUGCAAUCCAGGGCCUUCUAUCUUCUAAUCCAACGAUAAAUUCGUAAAUUCAAUAUGGUCCCAGGUAUCACCAAGAACUCCAUGCGAUUUGUUAUUGCCGUCUUUGUGCCGUGUACUGGUAUAUUCCUCAUCAUUGGCAAUACCAAUUUUCCAAAAAUAGACUGUACUACGACGUACUUAGGGAGUACAAUGUACAUAUCUGAUUGUAUAUGCUAGCUGGAUGUUGAACGCUACGUAAAUUGUACUAUUUUGAUGUCGACAAUGUACUGACCCCAUGUAAUUCAAAAAAAAAAUCUUUUUUGUUUGUGCUCGAAUUACUGACGUAGGUUAGAAAAAUGAACUCUCUUUCUAGUAAUACUUUCCGAACAGUUCGCAUCAGCUGGAUGUGUCCAAUGAAAAUUUCAGAUCAUGUCUUAGUUACACAGCAUGAGUAUUAUAGGAAAAACACUUUCAGAGAAUAAAGAGGGUGUUACGCUAACUGAGUAUAACAGCGUUACAAUUUCCCUCAAUUGAUUUGAUACUAGAUCACCAAAAAUAAACUGAAUACACCACGCAUGUUAUCGGUGAGGUGUGACUUCGUAAUAAGUUUUGUAAAUGAAAUUAAUUUUAGUCAGUGAGUCUCGAAAAAGAUCAUUUUUAACAAUUAAACUUUUGUGAUAGAUUGAAAAGAACACACGUCCACGUCAUUCGUCAUUCACUUUCCGUCCGCUAUUAUCCGAAACCUGUAGGUAUACCAUGAAAUGACUCCAAAGGAACGAAAAACAACGGACGUCUAUAAUAGGGAAGCCUGUUUCCGGUUAGAUCCGUUGCAAAGGAAUGAAUUAUUUGGAAAAUGUGAAUUUGUAGUUUAAGUUUCGGUUAUGAUUAGUAAAAAUUAUAAUUUCUUCGAAAGAGUUACCAUUGGUCGCUGUGUUUAUUUAGGAUAUUGGCGACAACAUUUUUUGGUGCCAUCAAAAUUGCUUGGAAUGCUUACCAUAACAUUCCGAAGACAUUUGAAGCCAAAAGAAACGUUUCGUCAAUAAUUUACAACAAAAAAUGUCCGUUGAGAAAAUAGUAUCUUGUCCAUUAGUUCGCCUACAUAACAGUAUGUCCUUCAAUUUCAAUUAAAUGAUAAAAUUUUGCUAGAAUUUAAGCAGAAAAAUGAAUGAAAUCAUAAACAAUUUUCCGGUCAUUCUCGGUCCCGAAUUUAGACUUGCAACACAAAAUGCUCCAUAACUUUCCAGCUGUGUCCGUUCGUAGCAACAUAUCACAUUAAAUUUGUGGCAAAGCUUUUUAAGUUAAAAAUGAAAAUGGAAGAUGUUGUUGUUUCUAUCUUUUGUCGUUUAUAUUGUAAACUAUAAUAGUAAAACAGGGCAGCUUAAUACAAAACAAAAAUGAGCAAAAUAAAUUUAUUUACAAAAAAACAACAACAAAUCAGUGGCAAAAAGUAAAACUUUCGUCAUCGUUAUUGUGAAAAAUGUAACUCGGUGAUAAGUGCUUUUUUAAGCAACACACACAUACAAUGUGUUCAUUGAUAAACUCCGUCUGCGAUGUUGUAUGGCAAUUACAUAUCUGGUGGUUAAAAAUCGCCAUUUAUCACUCAGUUGCAUUAAAUAUUUUUUUGUUUUCUUUUUCACAUUUUCAUUUAUUGAAUUGUAAAAUUAAUUGAUAAAUGAGAUUAGAUGUGUGGGUAAAAAU